AUCAGUCCUUACAUCUUUCCUUUGCUCCAUACAAACAAAAAUGGCGGACAUCGAGCAGUGGAUAGGUAUUGCGAGGGAUUGCAAAUAUCUCCCAGAAAAUGACUUAAAGAAAUUAUGUGACAUGGUGUGUGAACUUUUGCUGGAGGAAUCCAACGUACAGCCAGUGUCCACCCCAGUGACCGUGUGUGGGGACAUCCACGGACAGUUUUAUGACCUUAUGGAAUUAUUUCGGACAGGAGGACAAGCACCAGACACAAACUAUAUAUUUAUGGGUGACUUUGUAGACCGGGGAUACUACAGUUUAGAGACAUUCACACUUCUUCUCACGCUGAAAGCUCGAUGGCCAGACAAGAUAACAUUAUUACGUGGAAAUCAUGAAAGUAGACAAAUUACACAAAUAUAUGGAUUUUAUGAUGAAUGCCAAACUAAAUAUGGAAAUGCAAAUGCAUGGCGGUACUGUUGUAAAGUUUUUGAUUUGCUGACUGUAUCUGCGAUUAUAGAUGAGUGUAUUCUGUGUGUCCAUGGAGGUCUAUCCCCAGACAUCAAGACUAUUGACCAGAUCCGAACCAUCGAGAGGAACCAGGAAAUCCCCCACAAAGGCGCCUUCUGUCAUCUGGUAUGGUCUGACCCUGAGGACGUAGAGACCUGGGCAAUCAGUCCGAGGGGUGCUGGCUGGCUGUUUGGGUCAAAGGUUACCAAUGAAUUUGUACACAUAAACAACUUAAAAUUGAUAUGCAGAGCACAUCAGUUAGUUCAUGAAGGUUACAAGUACAUGUUCGAUGAGAAGCUGGUGACGGUGUGGUCGGCCCCAAACUAUUGCUACAGGUGUGGAAACAUAGCUGCAGUCCUUUCCUUCAACGAUGCAGAUCAACGAGAGGCCAAACUGUUCCGGGCCGUGCCCGACAGUGAACGUGUUAUACCCUCACGGACGACGACACCCUACUUUCUAUAGACACACAAACGAUCGCAAACAUAGUACUGGAACGGAUUCAUGUUAGAUCAUCCAAAGGCUGUUUAUCAGUUACAAGUCAAGACAGUAUUAAUGCUAUCGGAUGUUUUUUAGUACGAGACUUUUAAUCUAAAAAACAUAAAACCCAAUUACAAGUUGAUAUUGGCUCUUUUUAUUGUAUUGUACUAGUCAGACAAAGUACAAUUAAGUAACUGUCUGUUACCUUGGUAACUCACAAAGCGUUUUACCUUGGUAACUACACAAACUGAAUAACUGUAACUGUUAACUUGGUAACUAAAUUAAAUGAGUAACUGUUACCAUGGAAUCUACAUAAACUGAGUAACUGUUACCAUGGUAACUACACAGAGUAACUAUCUGUUACUAUAGUAACUGCACAGAGUAACUGUUAACAAUGUAUUAAUAUUUUGACAUCGUUAAAAUAGGACUGUACCUAGGUAGAUUUUGCAUCAAGACGAUAUAUGUAAAAUUGGUCAAGAAAUUACCUCAUGUCAGCUAGAUUAAGUGAAUAAUGGCGAUGUUCAGUGACUAGGAAAGUUUAUCAUUUGUAUUCUAGAGCAAUUGCAUAUGGUAAAUAAUAACAAUAUACUACAAACUACUGCAAUGUACAAGUUUGAUCAAAAUGACAUUUCAUGAAAGAGUUCUGUUAAAAAUAAUAGCAGAUUGAAUAUUACCGGUAUUGACAAUUGGUUGUUGGGUAAUUUUCUGUGUGUUGAAUUUGUCUGCUGUAACAUUCAUCGAUAACGAUUCUGUUUGCAUAUAACUAUAAUAUGUGAAGGAUUAAAUUAAUUAUCAACUUAAUGGUAUAUAAUAACAUGUCCAGAAAUAUUCCAUGUCUUAAUCUCCUCAUGUCUUGAUUUAGAGUCAAGUGUUGAUAAAAUCGUUUCCAUUUUACCAAAUGAA